CCACUGAAUCACAUCUUCUUCACAUAUUCCUCGAAAUUUGACAAGAAUUUAUUUUAUUGACGAUGAAAUUCACAUUUCUGCUUGUUUUUUUCGCAUUUUUUGUUCAAAAAAUCAGUUCGGUGCAAUAUUUGCCGAAUCCCUGUCCAAAUUAUUUUAGAUAUUUCCGCGAAGGGUACGUGACUUAUGGAAUUAUUGAAGUGCCGCCAAUCGAAUUGGGAAUGAACUUGAAAUUGAAUGUUGAGUUGUCAUUAAAAGCUCAGCUACCGAACAAUUAUUACGGUUCACUCGAAUUACUUGGAAAAAAGGCUGCCGCAUUACAAAGCAUUCUCUAUGGACGUCGAAUUCGGUACAAAGUGAAUUUUCCGAUGCAACAUACGUUGCCAAGAUUAACGAAAAUUGUCUACAAUGGUCAAUUAAUUUGUCAUGGACCACCGGAACAGGGACUCGUGACGGUGAUUCGACUGGAACACACGUUAAAAACGGAAAAUCAGCUGGAUUUGGUGAUUUUGCCGAAUGGAACUUUCAGUGUCGCGCCGCUGGGAACAACAACAACGACUCCAAUGCCAACGAAAAAUGACACGGAAGCCGAAGGAGUGUCGGAUAGAUUGGAAAAGGCGACCGAAAAGGGCAUGGAGACAACGACAGUGGCAUCAACAACGACUUCUAGCACAAGUACGACAACGACGGAGGCUCCAAGUACAACAACAACCACGACUACGACGACGACGACAGAAAUGCCAAGCACAACAACAACAACGAAGGAAGAAACGACGACGACGACAACAACAACAACCACAGUUAAGCCAACUACGACGACCAUGGCUAGUCUAGAAGAUUUGCUGGCAGAAUUAUAUGGAUCUGAUUCGAAGUUUACGAAAACAACAGAGGCACCGUCGACCACAAGUGCCACUUCUUUAAGUGACUUAUUUGAAGAAAACGAAGUUUGUGGAAGACCUGUUCCUGCUGGAAACUCUCUAGUUCUUAAUGGAACUCCAACAGUUCGUGGCGAAUUUCCUUGGCUCAUCGCAAUUUACACGAAGAAAACAAAAAACCUCGAAUAUCAAUGUGGCGGAACUCUCAUCACAAAUCAAGCCAUUUUAACUGCUGCUCAUUGCAUUCAUCUGCACAACGACGAUAUCCUGACAGAAAAUGAGAUCGUGCUCUUUAUCGGUCGCAAUGACAUCGACGACUGGACCGAAACUGGCUACAUUUCCCCAAAAGUUAAAAAAAUCAUCGUUCAUCCGGAUUACAAGAAAUCCGACACGACAAGUGCUGAUGCCGAUAUCGCCAUAAUUUUAUUGAAGCUGAAAGUUACGUUCACCCAAUUUAUUCGUCCGGCCUGUUUGUGGCGCGGACCAACGAGAUUUAGUGAUAUUGUGUCGAAAAACGGGACCGUGGUGGGAUGGGGACGUGAUAUGGCAGGAGUUAUUACGAGCACGCCGAAUAAAGUGGUGAUGCCAAUUGUGUCGGAAAGUGCGUGUUUGCGAUCGCAUGAAAGUUACCGAUUUUUGACUUCAAAUCGGACAUUCUGUGCUGGAAAUAGAGAUGGUUCGGGACCCUGUAAUGGCGAUUCGGGUGGUGGUUUGACGAUGUUUAAGAACGAAAGAUGGUACUUGCGAGGCAUUGUGAGCACAAGUUUGUACGAUACGAGCACGAGUAGCUGUGAUGUGAAAAAUUAUGUCGUUUUUACUGAUGUCGCGCAAUUUUUGGAUUGGAUUCAUUCGUAUCUGUAAUUUUAAAUAAUAAUUUUUUAACUUAAGAAUUGAAUUAAAUUUUUUGAUAAAAUUGACGUAUUUCGGAAAUUUUAUCAGAUGACAUAAAAUUUUAGUUAGAAUUAAGAAUAAAAACCGGUAUUUGACUUAAAUUUCUUUGUUUAUUGCUUCUGAGUAAGAUCAUAAAAUAUUUUUGCAAAAUUUUUGAAUUUUGUUGUAAUUUCGUUUGUUGAUUCGAUCAAAGAUAAUGAACCAAAAAUAUGAGUCAUCAUUGACGUGCGAAAAACUCCCGAAUCUCAAAUCGCGGUUUUUAUGUUAAAAAAGUUUUAAAACGUGAAUAGUU